CUUGUUUUUCCUCCUCAGAGCAGAGCGGCUGCAGACACCGGCAGCAGCAGGUGAAGAGAGGCUGCAGGACGGAGCGGCUGAAGGACGGGAUGGAUGUCCGCCUGCGGGGACGUGACGCAGCAGCGCGGCGCUAGUGCGGGGAUCCUGCGCCUCUGCCACGGACGACCAUUCUGCGGUGCGUGAGCUGCGGGGCUCCCCUGUCGCCAAAUGGACGCGAGCGCGUGAGGGGAAUACUAAUGACCUGCGCGCUGCGUCCCGCCGAGGCGCGCCGCUGACGGUCACAGCAGAGCCGAUCGAUCAUCCGGAGCGCGCCGGACCCGCGCGCGCGCAGCUCCAGAGGGAUUUCUACGCGGAAUUAAUGAACUGAUUUUUUUUUUCCUGCCAAAAUGGGCAACAGUUUCUCCAACAUCUCCGCCUUCCAGUCGCUUCACAUCGUCAUGCUGGGCUUGGACUCCGCCGGGAAAACCACGGUUCUCUACAGACUCAAAUUCAACGAGUUCGUCAACACGGUGCCCACGAUCGGCUUCAACACCGAGAAGAUCAAGCUGAGCAACGGCACCGCCAAGGGCAUCAGCUGUCACUUCUGGGACGUCGGCGGCCAGGAGAAGCUGAGGCCGCUGUGGAAGUCCUACAGCCGCUGCACGGACGGCAUCAUCUACGUGGUGGACUCGGUGGACGUGGACCGGCUGGAGGAGGCCAAGACGGAGCUGCAUAAGGUCACCAAGUUCGCGGAGAACCAGGGCACGCCGCUGCUGGUCAUCGCCAACAAGCAGGACCUGCCCAAGUCCCUGCCGGUGGCGGACAUCGAGAAGCAGCUGGCCCUGCACGAGCUGACGCCCUCCACCACCUACCACGUCCAGCCCGCGUGCGCCAUCAUUGGUGAGGGCCUGCACGAGGGCAUGGACAAGCUGUACGAGAUGAUCGUGAAGAGGAGGAAGUCCCUGAAGCAGAAGAAGAAGCGGUAGCGGAGGCUGAGCUGGACUGGAGCAGCCUUUCUCAAACGGGUUUACUUUGCAGUGAUCUUCCUCUUCCAUCCUCUGGAUUGAAGCUCCUGAAGCUGUGAAGCCCCUGAUGCUGGACUGAAGCUGCUGCUGCUGCAGGACUGAAGCUUCUGCAGGAGGGGCUUCAUGGAUGAAGCUUCUGAAGCCUCUGCUACAGGAGGGGCUGCAGGACUGGAGCUUCUGAAGCUGUGAAGCUUCUGCUGCAGGACUGAAGCUUCUGCAGGAGGGGCUUCAUGAAUGAAGCUUCUGGAGAUUGAAGCCCCUGCUGCAGCAGGAGGGGCUACAGGACUGAAGAUUCUGAAGCUGUAAAGCUGCUGCUGCAGGGAAGCCGCAGGACUGAAGCUAUGAAGCCUCUGCUGGAAGACAGAAGCUUCUGCAGGAGAGGCUUCAUGGAUGAAGCUUCUGAAGCUACAGGAGGGGCUGCAGGACUGAAGCUGUGAAGCUUCUGUUGCAGGACUGAACAAAACACCAAAAAAUAAGAAAACAUUGGAGAUUCCUUCAGAUCCUGGAAAAAAAAAAAAAAGCAGGCUGGCCCGCUUUAGUUGGAUCCUGAAGAAGCUGCGGCUCACUUUGCUCUUCUUUUCAAGACUGUUAGUUUUGGUUUGCAUCCACAGGAGGUCUUUGUGGAAUCACAAGUUUGAUUUUGCACGUAGCUUGGGCCCCCGGCCCCCCGCUCCCCACCCAAACGGACGUGUGUGGUACGAGCUGGGUGUCAUUCAGACUUUCUGGAGCAAUGAAGUAGCCUUCUUCCCUCUGCAUGGUGGACAGGGGACCAUGUCCACUACUUUGCACUUUUCAUUUGCUUACAGACAGUAGAAAACGACAUUGUAUUCAUGAAAGGAGCAGAUCCAGGUUGUUUGUGUACCAAGCCAAAAUUGAAGUAUUUUUUGGAAUAUUAAACGAUUUUAAACCCAA